CUCUCAAAUGACUAUAGAUGGCGGUAUCUUCGAAGUUCAUUUACCGACUGACAUUUCGUAAACACGUGCGUGUUUUUCAAAGUUGUUUGAAGCAGAUCUAACCUGAAUCCAAAAGGACGCAAGACGCUUAUCCUUUUGCUUUAUCAGUAUUUGUCUACUAUUAAGAAGUACGCGUUCCGGUAGAGUCUUACAUAGUCUUCUCCAGCGGAGGGAACAUUGGUGCUUCGACUUUACUACGCUCAGGACGAUGUCGGAGAAGUCAGCUGUCAAAAUCGGCACGCACAAUGGUACCUUUCACUGCGACGAGGUACUCGCCUGUGCACUCUUAAAGUUGUUACCGCAGUAUAAGGAUGCUUCUAUUGUGAGAUCUCGAAUUCAAAGUGUCUUAGAAACCUGUGAUAUUGUAGUGGAUGUCGGUGGAGAAUAUGAUCCCUCUAAGCACCGAUACGAUCAUCAUAUGAGGGAAUUUAAGGAAACUGUGAGUAGUGUUAUGAAGAAACCAGAGUACAAAUGGACGGUAAAAUUAAGCAGCGCAGGUUUGGUCUACUGUCACUUUGGUCAUGAAAUAUUGAAGAGUUUACUUCCAGAAGUAACAGAGGACAGAGUCAUUGAUGAGAUUUUCAAAAAAGUUUACGAUACCUUAAUCAAAGAAAUUGACGCUAUAGAUAACGGUGUGCCGAUGUAUGACGCAGAACCAUUAUAUCGAAUAGUUACUGAUUUAAGCGCGCGAGUAAGCAGACUUAAUCCUCAAUGGAAUAAUCAAGAUGUGAAUGUCGAGGAACGAUUUGAAAAAGCUAUGGCUUUGGUUUUGGAAGAAUUUCUAGAAUUCGUACAUUACGCAAAAAACGUUUGGUUUCCGGCAAGGAAUGUCGUACAACGCGCUGUGGAGGAUCGAUUUAAUGUUGAUCCGAGCGGCGAGAUAAUAUUGUUGUCGGAAGCGGUACCGUGGAAGGAACAUUUGUUUCAAUUGGAAAGCGAAAUGAACAUUACACCGUUAAUAAAGUAUACCAUUUUCAAAGAUGACAAUUAUCGGAUUCAGUGCGUGCCGGUAGCAGUGGGCAGUUUUAUAUGCAGGAUGUUUUUACCGGAAGCGUGGGGUGGUUUACGUGACAACAAGCUUGAGGAUGCUUGCGGCAUCGAAGGUGCCGUGUUUGUACAUUCCAUUCGGUUUAUUGGCGGCCACACCAAAGAAGGUGCAUUAGCCAUGGCACGGAAAGCACUCGAAAUUGGACACGCUCAUUCAAAUUGAUGAUAUCUAUAGUCGAUAAUUUUCUUUUUUUAGAAUUUUUGUUAUAAAUUAUUUUAUAAUAGUUGGAAUCUUACAUUUAUAUAUAUUUCCAAUUUAUUUAAACAUCCUGGUCAUGUUCUAUAUUCUCGAAUCGCGCGCAUAAUAUAGGAAACAAAAUUUUAUACGCUCAAAAUAUCAUACGCCGAGUGUGAUUAAAUAAGGAACAAUAAUACAAAUUGCGUGAUAUGACUUGAA